CAAGGGAGAAAGACUCGCACAAAUAACCCACCUAAAAUUCUCCCAGAACGUCACAGCGUUGUGAGGCACAGGAGAGUCACGUGACCCGCUCGCUGUCCCUGACGUCAUCUCUGCGCGACGGACAUGUUUACGCGGCGCUGAGCUCGGAGCAAAAUGAGCGGAUCCAUGAACUGGAAUAAGGGAGGACCAGGCAACAAGCGUGGAUUUGGGUUUGGAGGAUUUGCCCUGUCCAAAGAGAAAAAGGAAGAACCAAAGUUGCCCCAAGUGUCACACAGUGCCUUUCAGGCUGCAUCAUCAAAGUAUGGCUCAUCCACUAGUAACCAGCUCCCCUCGUUCUACAAAAUUGGCUCCAAGCGGGCCAACUUCGAUGAAGAAAAUGCCUAUUUUGAUGACGAAGAGGAAGACUCCAGUAACGUCGACCUGCCCUACAUCCCAGCUGAGAAUUCCCCGACCAGACAGCAGAUCCGCUCUAAGGCGGAUUCGGACAGUGAAGAGGAUCCUCUGGAGGCUUUCAUGGCAGAAGUGGAGGAUCAAGCUGCCAAAGAUAUGAGAAAAUUGGAAGAGAGAGACAAAGAAAAAAUGAAUGCCAGGGGUAUCCGUGACGACAUUGAGGAAGAAGAUGAUCAGGAAGCCUAUUUCCGAUACAUGGCAGAAAAUCCAACUGCCGGCCUUGUUCCGGAAGAGGAGGAAGACAAUCUGGAGUACGACAGUGAUGGGAAUCCCAUCGCCCCGACUACAAAGCGGAUUAUCGACCCUCUGCCUCCGAUUGAUCAUACUGAGAUCGAGUAUCCGCCUUUUGAGAAGAACUUCUAUGAAGAACAUGAGGAGAUCACCUCUCAGACCCCACAGCAAAUCACAGAGCUGAGACACAAGCUAAACCUGCGGGUCUCCGGGGCAGCAGCACCGCGUCUGUGCAGCAGUUUUGCUCACUUUGGAUUUGAUGAACAACUAAUGCACCAGAUCCGGAAGUCGGAAUACACUAAACCCACGCCCAUCCAGUGUCAGGGGAUCCCUGUGGCCUUGAGUGGACGAGACAUGAUUGGCAUUGCUAAGACUGGCAGUGGUAAGACUGCGGCAUUUAUCUGGCCAAUCCUAGUGCACAUCAUGGACCAGAAGGAACUGCAGCCAGGAGACGGUCCCAUUGCUGUGAUUGUGUGCCCCACCCGUGAGCUGUGUCAGCAGAUCCACAAUGAAUGCAAGCGGUUUGGGAAGGCGUAUAAUCUGCGCUCUGUAGCGGUGUAUGGAGGUGGCAGCAUGUGGGAACAGGCAAAAGCCCUACAGGAAGGGGCAGAAAUUGUUGUGUGCACUCCGGGUCGACUUAUUGACCACGUUAAGAAGAAGGCUACCAAUCUCCAGCGUGUCACAUACCUGGUGUUUGAUGAAGCUGAUCGUAUGUUUGACAUGGGAUUUGAAUACCAGGUUCGGUCCGUUGCAAACCACGUGCGACCCGAUAGACAAACUCUCUUAUUCAGUGCCACCUUUCGAAAGAAGAUUGAAAAGCUGGCCAGAGACAUUCUAGUUGAUCCUAUCCGUGUGGUUCAGGGUGAUAUUGGAGAGGCAAAUGAAGACAUCACUCAGGUGGUAGAGAUUUUGCCCUCUGGCCCAGAGAAGUGGAGUUGGCUAACCCGCAGAUUGGUAGAGUUCACGUCGACUGGAAGUGUCCUGGUGUUUGUCACCAAAAAGGCCAAUGCAGAUGAGUUGGCAAACAAUUUACAGCAAGACGACCAUCCGCUGGGUCUACUCCACGGUGAUAUGGACCAGAGUGAGCGAAACAAGGUCAUUUCUGACUUCAAGAAGAAAGCCAUCCCUAUCAUGGUUGCUACAGAUGUGGCAGCUCGCGGCUUGGACAUUCCAUCAAUCAAGACUGUGAUAAACUACGACGUGGCACGAGAUAUCGACACGCAUACUCACCGCAUUGGUCGAACAGGCAGAGCGGGUGAAAAGGGAGUGGCCUAUACUUUGUUGACACCCAAAGACAGCAACUUUGCCGGAGACUUGGUGAGAAACCUCGAGGGUGCCAAUCAGUACGUGUCAAAAGAGCUGCUGGAUCUGGCCAUGCAGAAUUCCUGGUUCCGGAAGUCUCGCUUCAAGGCUGGAAAGGGCAAGAAGUUAAAUAUUGGGGGAGGAGGUCUUGGAUACCGUGAGAGACCUGGACUAGGAGCUGAAAGCUCGGACCGUGGUGGCACUGGUGGAAAUGUGAUGAGCAAUUAUGAAGCCUUUAAACCUUCAGGAGGUGCCAUGGGAGACAGGUUAUGUGCCAUGAAGUCUGCAUUUCAGUCUCAGUACAAGAAUCAUUUUGUUGCUGCCAGUGCUAACACCCAGAAAACUGGUACCUCAUCAAUUAACUCUGGAGCUUGGACCAGUGCUGGGAGUUUAAGUUCUGUUCCCAGUGCACAUCCACCUAAUGCAAAACUUCCCGCGGAAGCUGCUCCUCCACCAGCUCACACAGCCAUGCUAGGCUUUACCAGUAGCGGGACUCUUAGCAGCAUUCCCAUUGGCUAUCCAAACAUCAGUAAUGCCAGCUACCCAGCAGCUACAUUGUUUGGCGCCCGAGAUGGUGCAAGUGCAGGUAGUGAAAGUGGUGGUAGAGAGCGACACAGUGACAGCAGAGGACGCCAUGGGGAAAGCCAUCGUCAUAGUGAUCGGGAAGGUCACCGACAUGGAGAUGGACAUCGACACUCAAGCAGUAGUCGUCACGGAGAGAGAAAUGGAGGAGAGGGAAGGAGAGAAAGCUCCCGAGAUGGGCGAAGAGACAGCUCAAGGGAGGGAGAAAGCCGUAGAGAUAGUUCACGAGAUGGAGGUGAGAGCAGGGGUGAGAGCUCUAGGGAUGGGGAGGGACGCAGAGAGAGUUCUCGAGAUGGCGACGGAAGGAGAGAAAGCUCAGGAGAUGGGAGAAAGGAGGCAACAGGGGAUGAUGGAGACGGCAAGAAAGAGGGCACCAAGGAGAUACAAAAUGACACCUUUGCCGUACCCGUACCUCCAAAGCGCAAGAAGAGCCGAUGGGACAGUUAAGUCCCAGAGUGAAUUUGCAGGAGUUUGUUUGUUUCCUCUAUUUUUUUUUUUUAUUUGCUUGCUUCUGAUCUUUAUCUUCCAAGUUUUCAUCUUGGUGAUCACCCUGCAGGUUCAAGGAGGGUUUCCCCUCCUGUAUUUACUUCUGUCGUGCUUAGCGAGAUCCACUGAGAGUGUCCAAACUUCUGCCUGUCUCUGUAUAUAAAAUACAUUAAACUCUAAUACUGUCCAUUAAAACACCAGAAUUGAGAAUAGAUUUGCUCUUUAACAAGAAACCUGCAUUAAGUGCUUAUCCUCUCCUAUUUUUUGGACACUCUUUUUGUGUGUUUAGAUAACGUGUUUUCUGUACAUAGCAAAAUACCAGUUUUUAUGUAUUUUUUUUUCUUUCAUUGUGCUCAUUUCACAGACCAAGCUGGACAUUAAAAGAACAUUUUUGUUUUUA